GGUGUUUCUGUGCGUGCUCCCCAAACAGGGCGAAUUUGGUGGCAGAAAACACAAGUUUGUCCCGUGUUUCCCCGCUGUGGUGCUGUAAAAGCUAGCAAUGCUUUAGUUAACCAAUAGCAACGUGGUGAAACUAGUGAAAAGCGUGUGCAUAGCAUCAAAGCAAUAAAGGGGGUGCAUGCGUGCGUGCAUGUGUGUUUGUGUGUGUGUGUGCGUAAAUAGCAAUUGUAUGCGUGUCACAAAGGGCACGCCGUGAUUCCGUUGUGGUACACACCCCUGGCCCUCUUCCCACCUUUCGUCUGAGAACAUUCCCUAGUGCGUGUGUGUGUGAGUGCGUGUGGCCGCGUAGAAGCGUCGCGUCGUUUACGCUGAUUUUGGCGUACGAAAAGCAAGUGUGCGUGCGAAAAGAGUGCAAUUGUUCCUAGAAGCUCGUUGCACCAAAAGGCGGCAUCAUGUUUGAUGUGUUCGGAUCCGUGAAGGGUCUGCUGAAGCUAGACCAGGUGUGCAUCGAUAACAACAUCUUCCGGCUGCACUACAAAGCGACGGUCAUCAUCCUGAUCGCGUUCUCGCUGCUAGUCACCUCGCGGCAGUACAUCGGAGACCCGAUCGACUGCAUCGUGGACGAGAUUCCGCUCAACGUGAUGGACACGUACUGCUGGAUCUACUCGACGUUCACCAUCCCGAACCGUCUGACCGGAAUCGCCGGCAAGGACAUCGUGCAGCCGGGAGUCGCGAGCCACGUCGAUGGACACGAUGAGGUGAAGUACCACAAGUACUACCAGUGGGUGUGCUUCGUGCUCUUCUUCCAGGCCAUGCUGUUCUACGUGCCCCGCUAUCUGUGGAAGACAUGGGAGGGUGGCCGCAUCAAGAUGCUCGUGCUGGACCUUAACAUGCCCAUCAUGAACGAGGAGGCCAAGGAGCGCAAGAAGAUUCUGGUCGAUUACUUCGCGGACAACAUCAAGGGACACAACUUUUACGCCAUGCGGUUCUUCUUCUGCGAGGUGCUAAACUUCGUCAACGUGCUGGGCCAGAUCUACUUCAUGGACUUUUUCCUGGACGGCGAGUUCUCCACGUACGGUAGCGAUGUGGUGCGCUUCACCGAGAUGGAACCGGAAGAGCGCGGCGAUCCGAUGGCGCGUGUCUUCCCGAAGGUGACCAAAUGUACCUUCCACAAGUACGGUCCAUCGGGAAGCGUGCAGAAGUUCGACGGGCUGUGCGUGCUGCCGCUGAACAUCGUGAACGAGAAGAUCUACGUGUUCCUGUGGUUCUGGUUCAUCCUGCUCACCAUCCUGACCGGCAUCUCGCUGCUGUACCGCUUCGCCGUGGUCAUGAUGCCGAAGCUGCGGCUGCUGAUGCUGCGCGCCCGUUCCCGGCUGUCGGCGCACGAUGAUGUCGAGCUGAUCGCUUCCCGGUGCCAGAUGGGCGAUUGGUUCAUCCUGUACCAGCUGGGCAAGAAUAUCGAUCCACUGAUCUACAAGGAGAUCAUCUGUGAUCUCGCCAAGAAGGUGCAGGGCAAGGAGAUCGUAUAAAUGGCGGUCCGAACAGCGCCACCGCCGAUUUUCAUCCCUUUCCUUCCCAGCGGCGCUAUCAACUCCGAUCGAGUACAGCAAGAGAGAGCAAGAGAGAGAAGUAGAAGAAGAAAAAUGCCGAAUGAAUCAUUGAACCUAAAUCUACUCUGCAAGCCUCCAACGGAUUUCUUCUGCAUCUCGCGUCGUCAUAUUCCUCAUCCACGCGCGCCACCGAAACCGAUCCACCCCAGAGUCUCAAGAAGGUAGCAACGCGCACAGCAUCGUACCAGCUAAGCAACGAUUCGCGAGGUUGAAGAGAUGUCGAAGAUAUUCAACCCCCACACCGACACACACACACACAUGGACAACGAACCAGAGCCAGCAUCCUCCAGCUCAGCGACCCAUCUUCAUAGGAUAGGGAUUGGAAGCAACGCACGAAACACACAUCAUCUCUUCUACCCCCAGGUUUCUGCUUCAUCGUCGUCAUCUUGCUCGAACGGCCGAACGGCGGUGCAGGAUAGAACUCGAUUCAGAUUAUCUGUCAACCGAUAAAAACGCACAUGCAGACUACAUUUCAAUUCCCGAUAGAACUGGACUGUGUACUGAGGAGACGAGCAGACGCAACAGCAGGAUUAUGGCUCAACCGGGAUUGUACGGGAUCAAUCGUCCGAUGUUUGACCCUGAUCGAAAACGUCCUGGAACAACAAACGAACUCACCUGCGUUAAUAUGUGCACCUUUUAUGCUGUUUUGUUUUAGUGCACUGCUGAUGAAGUAAAGGGCUAAGAGAAGCUUUCCCAUACCGGCCCGAUUACGAAUGCAAACGACGUUUGCGUUAAACAGUCAGCGGCAAGCGUAGGAAAAGCGAAGCGUACGAUGAAGCUGUCAUAAAACUCGAAUUUCAAACCGAUUGUAGAAGAAAAAGGGGGGCUGGAAAAUGGUUCCCGUGUAGCAAUCCUAGAACAGAGAGCAAGACAGAGCGAAGGUGGAGAGCGAUGCUGUAAGCUGCGAAGACAAUAAGAAAAGGUACAUACAGAUUGGAAAAACCUAAUGCAAUAGCAAACGAACAGAUAACUCGCGAGAUGAAACUAAUUGCAACGUAAACAAGCGGACACACACACAUUCCUAAAAGAAAGCAACACGUAAAUGGACUGCAAACGAUGAUAGAUCCCGACGAUAAGAUUUCGAUGAGAUGAUUCUUUUUGAUAGUUUUUCUAUACAACUUUUUAUAAAACAAAAACACACACACACGACGAGAAGGAAGCUAAUACUUUUCCGAUAGGUCUAUAUAUUAGUGAGUAAGAACACGAUUUAGCAGUAAAGGGUAGUAGCGAAUGUGGAGCGGAAUUUUUAGCGAACAAGAAGGUGUAACCCCCCAACAUCGACACACACGCACACACGCACACAGGCAGGCAGACGGACAGAAGAUGGAUAAGAAGUCAGGCAAACGCAAUCUCUAAGCACCAGGCGCGAAAUCGUAAUUGACGCAUACGAUCGAUUUCCGAUUUGGUGCGCAAAACUCGUAUAUAAGGUGUAGCAAACGAUGUGUGUGUGUGUGUGUAUGUGUGGCAUGAUUGUUUUACUUUUCUGUGUCGUGAUAUUAUCAUGCCAUAAAGGGGGGUGGCGGCAAAAGCUCUAACCGCCGACCUUCCUAGAGAGGAACAGAAAGUAUGUCCUUUGAAAUGAUUUUAAUCAGCAGUUUGAUAGGAUGCGUUCCGGGUGAAUGGACCCCUUUUCGCCAUUUUAAACAUGCACGGGAACGCUAUUUUAAGGUGCAAAUAGGUUGGUCUCUUCUUUGUUUUGUGUUUUAACCGAACCCGAUGAUUGACUCAAAUUUUUGAAGCCAUUUUUUGGAGAUGUGUAGCUUAACGUUUUGAGUGUGGAAUUUUAUUUAUAUGUAUUUCGGUGUGCAUUUUUGGUUUUGUAGCAGUCAGUUUUGUAACGGCGUACUAGUACGCUUUUUGAUUCGAUAGACAAGCGCGCAGGCCAACCUGAAUCCUAAAAAGUAAACUCAAAAGCAUUUAUUACAAUAUUGGUCUGGAUGAGGAAGAAAACAAAAACUGGAUAGGUAGUGCUAGUAGCAAGAAAAGAUCAUUUUAAGCUUCCAAACGUUUGUUUUUUUUUCUUUCGGCCCAAUCGUACGCGCUAGGAGAGGGAGAGAGAGCAAUGAAUCGCGAGCUAAAUUUUUUAAGUAACGGCGAAAAGAGAAAGAGUGUUUCUUGUGAUAAACGUAUAAAUUAUAGAAUGUAGUAGGAAAGCGUUUUCCUGCCCGAAAAUAACCCCCCUUUCCCAACUCGCUCCCCCAUUUUCCGAACUUUCUCCUGCUCCUCCCCAGGGGAAAGCAACAAACCCUUUAUUCCACUUAUUCUUAUGACAAAAACAAUUCUUUUUUUUCCUGUCACAACUAAGGUGCGUCCAAAAAUCGAUUAGUGGUCUAAACAUUAGGAUGUAUUUGGCAAACGAACGUGACAAACGGCCCCAAAAUUAGUACACCGUAUCCUUCCAGUUAGCGUCAAGCCACGUUCAGUCUAUCCGGACAGAGUAUCCGGAGCGAGUAGCAGUAGUAGGUAGUAGUGAUGGUACCGACGGUCGACCCUUAUUCCGUCGCAUCCUGUUUUCAUCAUUCCAGUAGGCACUCUCGAGAAAGAGACACAAUAGAAUUGUAGAAACAGCACACACACACCCACAGCUAACUCGCGCAUAUCAACGCACCCGUUCAACACAGUGCAGUAGUGUUAGGAGAUCCAGAUGCCAUCAUCUCGCGUACAUCUCGAGACAAUAGGAAAGCGCAUUUCAAAUCGUGGUCGCACACAAGUAUUUUUUGAUAAUUAUUCCUUCAAGACGAUAUUUUAGAGAGACAUUUUUAAACGCCACUAGACGGUAAAGGUUAGAGAAAGCAGCACAAACACCCACGAUUAUACAUACGGAGCGCAUUUUGUAACCAUUUAGCAAUCGGAAAAAAAGACAAUCGCUGUAAGAUAUGUGGAGUUUUGAGAUGAUGGCUUGAGGAGGACGAGUCUGUCGUUCGUAGUAGCAGCACAAGCGUAAAAAUGGCGGUGUACAAGGCAGGCAGGCCUUGGUUGGAACCGUUUCUACUCUUCUCUAUCAGUGCCUUUGGAUUUGAAGAUAGUUUUUUGCUUAAAUAAAACUCACGUAUGCUAUUGCAAAAAAAAAA